AUGGCGGAGACAACGGUUGAGUCCAUAUUUGUCACGUUCUCUUGCAAUUUCGUUCGAUGGGGAGCUGAUCGGGGUCGACGUCUGUCCUGUUUGGCUAUCGCGGUAAACCUGCUGGGAUAUGGUAUCUCCGUUCUCCGAUCUCCACUGCUGCUGUUGUUCCGACAUGAUAAGACCGUGCGGCUCUGGGACACGGCGACAGGCGGUCUACAGCAGACGCUCGAGGGCCAUUCGAACGCAGUUGUUUCGGUAGCCUUCUCGCCCGAUGGCCGGCUGCUGGCGUCCGGCUCUUCUGAUGAGACUGUGCGGCUCUGGGACACGGCGAUGGGCGGUCUACGGCAGACCUUGAACGCCACGGGAAUGGUCACCAAACUCGAAUUUUCUCAAGAUGGUUCAUAUCUAAUCACCAACUUAGGCACCUUCGAUCUUCAGUUCGGGCUCCAACAGCAUGCUUCUAGUUCAACCCAUGAGUGUCUGGUGGUUUUUAUCGAGCAAGGACUGUGGAUAAACCUGAACGGCAAAACUGCAUUAUGGCUUCCUCCUGACUUUCGGCCCACCUGUUUUGCGGUUAAUGGGGACCUCCUUGUCUUGGGACACGCAUCAGGGCAGGUUUCUUUCCUACGAUUUUGCCUACAGUAG